ACACCGCUCUGAGCAUGAAGGCUUUAUCUUCACCUGAGUCUCCCAGACCGAGGGCCAUGAGAAGGGUGCCCAAACCUCUGAUGGAGAAGCGCAGACGUGAGCGAAUCAACCACAGUCUGGAGACGUUAAGACUUCUGAUGCUGGAGGGCACACAAAAUGAGAAACUGAAGAAUCCAAAGGUGGAGAAGGCAGAGAUUCUGGAGAGCGUGGUCCACUUCUUGAGGACAGAGAAGGAUGAGGACAGAGUCAUGUCCAAGAACCAGGCCUGCAGUGCCCGCCAGCACAACUACCAUGACGGCAUGAGGUCCUGCCUGCUACGGGUCAGCCACUUCAUAGCCACCAAGAGCCAGGAGGCAGAGGAAACCGGCGGAGAUGCAAUUCAGGCUUCUCUUGCGCUCCCCGAGGAGCAGACUCACGCUUCCUCAUCCGAACACAUCCACAAGACAUUAGUACCCGCUGGUGACUCUUCUUCUGUGGCUCCUCUUGUGGCCCGCCAUCACAACAAGCACGGACUCUCUCAUCCGUACCUCACCGGCCUCCACUGCGAGAGCAGGAAGUCGUUUUCCUCCGACGCAGCGUGCACGAACGUCACUGAUCCAGUAUGGAGGCCUUGGCCUCAGUAACAGACACUUGGGACACAGAUUUUUAUUUGAGACUAUGAAGCUGACUGUAUAUGACAGCAAACUGUGUAAAUAUGUAUUUUAUUGUACAAUAUUGUAUUGUACAGCCAUGAACCCCUGUACAGUUAGGGUUAGGGUUACAGACAUCAUGAGAUGAUUUUUUUUCCCACAUUUGUGUGGCGUUUUUAUUUUGGCAUCCUCGUGUGCAAAUAUUUUCCUUUUUUAUAUUUGAUCUGUACAUAUGAUAUUUUUUCCAGACGGGGAUGUACCAAUAUAUUU